ACUGCCCCCGACCCCCCAACGAUCCCUCUUCCGCCCGGCGCUUGGGGAACGGGCGGGGUGGGAGAGCACCGCUUCCGCGUUGGUGAGCGGCGUGGGCCUUGACGUCACUGCGCCCAGACGUCAUGCCGACGUGAGGCCCGGUCUCCCGGGAGACCGGGAAAGCCGUUUCGCAUCUGGUAGCAUCGAGGUGUAGGGGAAGUUCUUUAUGAGAAGGCCUGAAAGCUGAACGUGAGUUAAUGACCCAACGUGACACUGGUGUGAAGAAGGGAAUCGGAAGUGAAUAAUCAUGGACAUUUCUGAAUUUUUGACAUGUUCCUCGUUAUCCUGUUUGCGGGUUCACAAAUACCUACGUGGCUGCUGUCAGUUAUUACCUCACCUGUUGCUGAAGGGCAGUCUAUGCGUGUGUAAUGUCAAAUAAUAAAAGGGGCUCAAUAAAACAGGCAAAAUAAUGUAAGGAUAAAUUAAAAAUUUUACUGUUGCCAAGAGGAAAAGAGACUCCCCCCCUUUUUUUGAGAAACCUCACAUUUGUGAAUGUAUCCUCUAUUCCUUUAAUACAUAUAUGCAAGUUUUUUUAAAGACGCAGUUUGAGGAAUUGGGAGCCAUUUCUUUAAAAUCUUAUUUUACUUCAGAGGUCCCUCAGCAUAUUUUGGGAAAUUAUGGAUCGUCACAUUCCUAUAUAUGAGCUACCUGAGGAAAUCCAAAAGAUGUACCCUGAAGAAAAAGUUUGUAAGUACUGUGGAGUCAGCUAUCUAAUUCUUCAUGAGUUUAAGGCUAUGGAAGAAAAAGUGGAAGCGAUGGAAAAAGAGAUGAAAUUUUAUCAAGGAAGUGUAGAACGUGAAAAGAGACUUCAAGAAGAGCUACAGUCUCUUAGACAAGAUUUCGAGCAGUACAGAAUUGACAGUGAAUCCCAAAUAAAAAGAAUUCAACAUGCAAGUAUGCAGUUAAAAAGUCAACAAAGUGAAUUUCAGAGAGUACAGAAAGAACUGAGUCAGUCUCAAGAUGAGUUAAAAAUUAAACAGAGACAAUCACAAAUCUUGAGUCAAAGAUUGGCAGAGUACAAAUAUUUCUGGAAUAAGACUCUUUCAUUACUUACUUUUGUUAAAAGGGAGCUAACCAGUAUUAAAAAUGAAGUAUAUGAUAAUUUUCAAAACUGGACUUCACUGAAAGGAGAAGUUUUUCUACAAAUUAAAUCCAUAAGUGAAACAGCCUUGACAGAAAUAGAGAUACUAAAUAAAAGUUUGACCGUGUCCCAGAGAAAUAAGGUAUGCCUUGAAGAGGAAAUGAAAAAUCUGAAACUGUUGUCCGAUGCAGCGAUAUUGAGGUCUAAGCAGAUUGAAACAUCCAAACAACAGGAAGUAAACUUGCAAACCAGAUGCCAUGACUUGCAAAAAGAAGUACUAGAUUUACAAUGUCAAGUAGAGGCCCUUGGGCUCAGACUUCAGAAGGCCACGGCCAAGCUGGACAACUAUAAAGAAAAGCUCAUGAAUAAAUAUAAUGAAGCUGAUGACUGUCAAAGAGAACUCAGAAAACUGAAGUUUAAAUCCAUUAUUUCUGAGUCACGGCACACUAGAUUGCUUAAAGAAAAAGAAGACUCUUUAGUGGCUAGUCAACAAAUACAUAAAACUUUACAGGAAGAACUGACUGCAAAAGAAAGGCAAAAAGAAGACAUAAAAAGAAGAAUUACCCUUGCAGAAAAUGAAUUAGAGAGAACCAAAACUCUUCUGAAUCAGACAAAGGAAGAGGUUGUAACACUGAAAAGUGAAAGGGAACUGAUGCUGAUUUCACAUCAGAAAAGCAUCCAGCAACUAGAGGAAACUCUUAGACAGAAGCUGCUGAAUGAUGAUAAUUGGAGUGAGAAGAUUGAAGCUGAACUUGCCAGGGAAAGAGCCCGACAUUUAGUUGAAUUUGAGGAGCAAGCUCUUCUCUUUAAGGAAGAAGCUAAACUGGAACUUGAUAUUGAAAAAGAAAAACACCAAGAAAUAAUCCAGAAGCACAAGAAAGAACAAGAGGAACUACAAAUGAAGAUACCUGACUUAAUCGCAGGCGCUACUAGAGAUCUAAGGCUGGAAGUGGCCAAUCUUGAAGAAAAACUCCAUGAGUCCCAUAUCAAAUACACUGAAGAUUCUGAGUCAAAAAAGAAAGAAAUUGAAAACCUUAAAAAUUUGGUUGCAGAAUUUGAAUCUCGCUUGAAGAAGGAAGUUGACAGUAAUGAUUCCAUUUCAGAGGACUUGAGGAAGGAAUUGCAACAGAAGUCAGAUGAGCUGGAAAGAGCAAUGCUGGCACACACAGAACUUCUGCAGAAACUUAACCAGUCCCAGGAAGAGAAUGCUUUUCUUCAGGAAACAGUGCGUAGAGAGUGUGAAGAACGCUUUGGACUGACGGAGGCUUUGAGUCAAGCCAGAGAACAGCUCUUGGAGCUCAGGAAGCUGGGUGGAAGUUUACCUUUGUCCCCAUGUUCCCUCAGCCAGGGCAGCCUGACCUCCUCUGCGGCAGCAGUCAGCAACCAAGGAGGGAGAAGCCUCGCAAGUCUGAACUCUGAGAAAAGAAUCAAAAUCCCCAGCCUGCACGGAGUGUCAAAACCCACUGCGACUCCAGGCUCAGCUCAGCCCAAGAGGGCCAGCAGCUCAGCGCUGCCAACUCUCCCCCAUCCCCAUCCUCCCAGGGGUGACACAUCUUCAGUAAACAAGACUAGGCAAAGACUGGCUGCUGUUCUGUGGCGGAGACUGAGUGAGCAGUGACCGAUCCAGUCAGGAGCAGCUCCACCAGGGAUGCUCGGCCUUUCUCAGAGGGCCAGACUCCCUGUAACUGAGGAUGACAAGCAUCAAAUUAUUAUCACAGAUCAAGAAUGCAUGUCUAGGGAUAUUUUGUAACAUGAUAAUUUGAAAAGCUAGGAAAUUGUGGCUCCACAUUUUCUGAGAGGCCUUUGAAAUUGCAACAGAUAAUGAAGUUGUUGGUAUUCCAGAGGGCCAACUUCUCGAUUUAUGGAUUGUGUAUUUAGAUGUGCUCCAAGAGUAUGUCCUUUUAGAGAUCAUAGGUAAAAUUUUCACCCUAGCAUCUUUUUUCCCCCUUUUCUUUCUGCAGCAUCACAAGCAGAUAUAUUUCCACAAAGAACAGGUUGUAUUCAUUUUGUUGGUGUUAAUUUCUUUGUUGAGCUGAAUAGGUUAAAUAGAUAAACUUAGUAUUCCAAAUACAUACUGGAAAUACGUUAGUCCUUAAUUAGAUCAUUUCCAAAAUGCUUAGUUCAAAUACUCAGAGUUUAUCAUCAUCAAAAGCUUCUCCUUUUCUUCUCACAAACUCAAUCAGUUUAUUUCUUUUUAGGCUAAGGCAGCAGCAUUGAUAGGUAACCUCCAGGAAGAAAGUUUCCCCUGUGAAGCUAGGGGACCUUCUUAAAAAAGGGACAGCAACUCCAAUUCAAGAAAAAUGUGGUUUACUUCUCAAACUAUUGAAAUCAUGUCAGAAAACAGCCUGGCUGUGAAGUUAUUACUUGGUGGAUAUUUUCUACAUUGAAUACUUUAUGGUACUCAGGUUUUUAUUUGAACUUGUAUUCUUGAGCCAUUCAGAAGAGAACUAAUACAAGGCAGUUUCAUAGAGGCACAUAGGGCUAAUUUGGAGUUCAAAUUUUAUUAC